GGUUACUGCGCAUUGUUGGUUUCCAACCAAAAAACUCAAAACCUCUUGAGAGACAAAGAGAAAGUGAGAAAAAAUCAUGUGAAAUGAUGUGAAUAGCUUUAAGCCUUCGGCUUAUACAUCUACUAGCCAGACGUUAUACAUUCUUCGGCUUUCUCAAGAUGCUGGUUCCGAUUUUCACACUUAAAUUGAACCACAAAAUCCACCCGAGAACAGCCGCUCUCGGUCGGUAUGAUGGUCAACAUCCAUGCUUGACAGGUGCUACUACGGCGGGAAAGGUGUUUAUCCAUAACCCUCAUACAACAAGUCUGAAAGGAGGCAGAGCUAGCGCAUCAACCGACAAUGACAUCAGCAUACUCAAUAUCAACCAACAGGUCACUGCUGUUGCCACCGGCCCUUUGACCAUGACAUCUUGUGAUAUUCUAUUUGUCGGAACUCCUACAAAUAUGCUAGCUUAUGACGUAGAGAACAAUUCUGACCUGUUUUACAAGGAUGUAGCAGAUGGAGUGAAUGCUAUUCUAGUGGGUAAACUUGGUGGUUAUGACUUGCCUCUUGCCCUGGCUGGUGGCAACUGCUCUAUUCAGGGCUUUGACUGCGACGGAAAUGAUGAAUUCUGGACAGUGACUGGUGACAAUGUUUGCUCACUGGCGCUUUGUGACUUCAAUGGUGAUGGACACAAUGAGCUCCUAGUUGGUUCUGAGGACUUUGAUAUUCGUGUUUUCAAAGAAGAUGAAAUUAUUGCAGAAAUGACUGAAACAGAGGCAGUUACAUCACUUUGUCCGUUGCGGGGCUCCAAGUUUGGUUAUGCUUUGUCUAAUGGCACAGUUGGCGUUUAUGACAGAACAGCAAGAUAUUGGAGAAUCAAGUCCAAGAAUCAUGCCAUUGCCAUUAACAGCUUUGACAUUGAUUCUGAUGGUGUACCAGAGCUGAUAACAGGGUGGUCUAAUGGCAAGAUUGAUGCCCGUAGUGAUCGGUCUGGAGAGGUGGUCUUCAAGGAUAACUUCUCAUCUGCCAUUGCUGGGGUGAUUGAGGGAGACUAUCGUAUGGAUGGGAAAAUGGAAUUGAUCUGUUGUUCUGUGGAUGGCGAAGUGAGGGGGUACUUACCUGCCCCGCCCGAGAUGAAGGGUAACCUGAUGGACACCAAUGUGGAACAGGAUGCUCUUAGGGACCUGGCUCAGCGCAAACAGAAUCUGCUGUUAGAAUUACGCAACUAUGAGGAAAAUGCAAAGGUUGGAAAGGGGGCACCAGAUGUGGACCAAACCCAGAUGGGUGUAAUUCCGGCCAACACCCAGCUACAGACCUCCCUACUAGUAAACCCUGGCAGUGAGCAGGUGCAGCCUCAUGUUGAACUUAAUAUCUCCACCACCAACGACACCAUCAUCCGUACGGCCAUGAUAUUUGCGGAGGGUGUGUUUGAGGGAGAGAGCCAUGUGGUACAUCCAUCAUCACAGAAUGUCAAGACAUCCCUGCGGGUACCUAUUUACCCACCCAAAGACAUCCAGGUUGAUCUCCAUAUUAAGGCGUUUGUUGGCCACAAGUCCAGCUCUCAGUUUCACGUUUUUGAGUUAACCCGUCAGCUACCAAGAUUCACCAUGUAUAUCCCAUGUCCAGAAGGUUAUGCAGAGCCCAAGUCUGCUGUCUCUUUCCACAUCAAUGAGCGUGUUAACAGGGCCCUGAUGUGGGUGAACCAGAAUUUCUUACUGAUGGAGGAGAUUGAAGCUAAGGACGGUUGUCUAGACGUAAUGUUCCUCUCUUUGCGGACUGGGAACCCUGUGCUUUUUCGCAUGGACCAGUCAGGAAACGUGGUUAUAAAAACAGAUGACAUGGAUCUGGCUGGUGACUUAAUACAAGCCAUGGCUGGAUUUCUAGGAAUUGAGGACCUCCAAACCACAGCCGAGUUUCCUGCUGCCAUGGAGGAGUUGAGAGCGAUCUUAGUUAAGGUUGACGAGCUGCAUGCUAUACGGCAGAAGUUGACCGCCGAGAUGGCCGAUCACUCUAACCUCAUCCGAAGUCUAGUUGUCCGUGCUGAGGACGCACGCUUGAUGGGGGACAUGAAAAACAUGCGCAAAGGUUACAUGGAGCUCUAUGAUUUAAACCGAGACUUGGUGAACGGCUACAAGAUCCGGUGCAAUAACCACAGCGAGCUGCUGUCCUGUCUCAAGAUUGUUAACCAAGCUAUACAGAGGGCUGGCAAAUUACGAGUUGGGAAACCCAAGGCGGAAGUCGUGUCAGCUUGUAGGCAAGCGAUAAAGACCAACAAUGUCAACGGACUUUUCAAAAUCAUCAAGGCUGGUGCCCUGUGAAUACUUAUUUUACUGAGUGAUUCGUAUCGCUCGGAGUACAGAAAAUGUAAUUACAAUCCUGAUAAUGGGAACUAACCAAGAUUGUACAUUCAACUCUCUUGUGAGCAGACUCAUUCUAAAUACAGCAUUUUAAAGAAACCUGUGUCUUUGUAUAGUGACCGCUGAAUAGAGGUUGGUCACUGAAUAGAGGUUGGUCGCUGAAUAGAGGUUGGUCGCUGAAUAGAGGUUGGUCGCUAAAUAGAGGUUGGUCGCUAAAUAGAGGUUGGUCGCUGAAUAGAGGUUGGUCGCUGAAUAGAGGUUGGUCACUGAAUAGAGGUUGGUAGCUAAAUAGAGGUUGGUAGCUAAAUAGAGGUUGGUCGCUAAAUAGAGGUUGGUCGCUAAAUAGAGGUUGGUCGCUGAAUAGAGGUUGGUCGCUGAAUAGAGGUUGGUCGCUGAAUAGAGGUUGGUCGCUAAAUAGAGGUUAGUCGCUGAAUAGAGGUUGGUCGCUGAAUAGAGGUUGGUCGCUAAAUAGAGGUUAGUCGCUGAAUAGAGGUUGGUCGCUAAAUAGAGGUUGGUCGCUGAAUAGAGGUUGGUCGCUGUAUAGAGGUUGGUCGCUGAAUAGAGGUUGGUCGCUAAAUAGAGGUUAGUCGCUGAAUAGAGGUUGGUCGCUGAAUAGAGGUUGGUCGCUGAAAAGAGGUUGGUCGCUGUAUAGAGGUUGGUCGCUGUAUAGAGGUUGGUCGCUGUAUAGAGGUUGGUCGCUGUAUAGAGGUGGUCGCUAAAUAGAGGUUGGUCGCUAAAUAGAGGUUGGUCGCUGAAUAGAGGUUGGUCGCUGAAUAGAGGUUGGUCGCUAAAUAGAGGUUGGUCGCUGAAUAGAGGUUGGUCGCUGAAUAGAGGUUGGUCGCUAAAUAGAGGUUGGUCGCUAAAUAGAGGUUGGUCGCUGAAUAGAGGUUGGUCGCUGAAUAGAGGUUGGUCGCUGAAUAGAGGUUGGUCGCUGAAUAGAGGUUGGUCGCUAAAUAGAGGUUGGUCGCUGAAUAGAGGUUGGUCGCUGAAUAGAGGUUGGUCGCUGAAUAGAGGUUGGUCGCUGAAUAGAGGUUGGUCGCUGAAUAGAGGUUGGUCGCUGAAUAGAGGUUGGUCGCUAAAUAGAGGUUGGUCGCUGAAUAGAGGUUGAUCGCUAAAUAGAGGUUGGUCGCUAAAUAGAGGUUGGUCGCUGAAUAGAGGUUGGUCGCUAAAUAGAGGUUGGUCGCUGAAUAGAGGUUGGUCGCUAAAUAGAGGUUGGUCGCUGAAUAGAGGUUGGUCGCUGAAUAGAGGUUGGUCGCUGAAUAGAGGUUGGUCGCUGAAUAGAGGUUGGUCGCUGAAUAGAGGUUGGUCGCUGAAUAGAGGUUAGUCGCUGAAUAGAAGUUGGUCUCUAAAUAGAGGUUGGUCGCUGAAUAGAGGCUGGUCGCUGAAUAGAGGUUGGUCGCUGAAUAGAGGUUGGUCGCUGAAUAGAGGUUGGUCGCUGAAUAGAGGUUGGUCGCUGAAUAGCGGUUGGUCGCUAAAUAGAGGUUGGUCGCUGAAUAGAGGUUGGUCGCUGAAUAGAGGUUGGUCGCUGAAUAGAGGUUGGUCGCUGAAUAGAGGUUGGUCGCUAAAUAGAGGUUAGUCGCUGAAUAGAGGUUGGUCGCUGAAUAGAGGUUGGUCGCUAAAUAGAGGUUGGUCGCUAAAUAGAGGUUGGUCGCUGAAUAGAGGUUGGUCGCUGAAUAGAGGUUGGUCGCUGAAUAGAGGUUGGUCGCUGAAUAGAGGUUGGUCGCUAAAUAGAGGUUUGUCGCUGAAUAGAGGUUGGUCGCUGUAUAGAGGUUGGUCGCUGAAUAGAGGUUGGUCGCUGAAUAGAGGUUUGUCGCUGAAUAGAGGUUGGUCGCUGAAUAGAGGUUGGUCGCUAAAUAGAGAUAUUGUAUCAGGAAAAUGUAGUCUGUAUAAAGGACUAGCCUGAAAGCUUAGUGUUUUAAACCUAACUGUAUGUAUUGUACAUAGUUCUAAACUCUAACUGGUAGGUUAGUUAAUGAAUAUAUGAACUGGAGAAAAUGAUUGGGCGUGUACGGCUAGCGGGAUUUCAUCCAUAUUUAUAAAUAAAUGAUUAUUAAACUUCUUGGUAUUUAUGA